GGGCGCUAUAUAUUUCACGUGUGAUUGGUUGUUUUGGUAAAAAAGGUGAAAAAUAGAAGGUACUUUAAAGAGGAAUCAAGAUGUUGAGAUUAUGGCAGACAUAUACAAGGUUUCUUCAGGCACAUCCACUGAAAGCACAGAUGAUGAAUACGUGUGUUCUUAUGGGUGUUGGUGACAUCGUCUCACAACAGGUGGUUGAGAAAGCCGGAUUGAAGAAUCAUAAUGCAAUCAGGACAGUGAGACAGGCUUCCUUUGGUCUCAUCAUUGGGGGACCACUCCUCUUUACGUGGUUUUCAACGUUAGACCGACUGGUUAAAGGAGCAGGCACUAUCAAAGUCCUUAAAAUGGUCGCCAUUGAUCAGUCUGUGAUGGCUCCGUUGUUCAUCACUACAUUCUUCUCGUACAUUGGCUUGACAAGUGGACUAUCAAUACAAAAUGUGCGAGACAAACUAAAAAAGGAUUUUAAGACGACUUUACUCACCAACUACAAGGUCUGGCCUGCUGUGCAACUUGUCAACUUCUACUUUGUCCCACUACAACACAGAGUCCUAGCAGUAAAUCUAGUGGCUGUAUUCUGGAAUACAUACUUGAGUUGGAUGGCAAAUACGCCCCUCGAGGACGGACAAAAAGACACUAAUGACGUUAGUGAUGCACCAAUGUCUGAAACACUUCAAAUCGAUGCUCCAAGAUCAUGACGAGACAAUAUGUAAUUAACUGUAGUUCAAGUGAUCAUUGAGGUGCUAAGCUGAGGUGCUAACCAUAGAGAGACUUUACUUAGCAAAAAAGGGUCUGAUCAAAAGCACUAAUACUGUAUCACAAAUCGAUGCUCCAAGAUCAUGACGAGACAAUAUUCAAACAACUAUGGUUCAAGUGAUUAUUGAGUUGCUAGGCUGAGGUGCUAGCCAGGCUAAUCUGCUAAGCAUAGAGUGACUUUACUUAGCAGAAAAGGUUACUUUCAAAAGUACAUAAAAAUUAUCACUCUUAACGAUUUUGCUCUAACAUCAUGAAGAUACAAUAUUCGGACAACUAUUGAUCAAGUGAUUGAUGAAGUGCUGAGUUGAGGUGCUCAGCUAAUCUGCUAAGCAUAGAGGGAAUUUACUUAGCAGAAAAGGUUACAACCACAAGUACUAAUACUAAAUCAGACAUCAAAUCGAUGCUCCAAUAUCAUGACAAGACAAUAAUUGGACAACAGUGGUUUAAGUGUUUAUUGAGGUGCCAAGCUGAGGUGCUAAGCUAAUCUGCUCAGCACAGAUUUAAUUUACUUAGCAAAAAAGGUUACAAUCAAAAGUACUAAUAUUAUAUCAUGCUUAAAGAUCAUGACGAGACAAUAUUCAGACAACUGUGGUUUAAAGAGUCAUUGAGAUGCAAAGCUAAGGUCCUAGGUUAAUAUGCUAAGCAUAAAGUGACUUUACUUAGCAGAAAAUGUUUUGAUCAAAAGUAUAUACUAUAUCACACUUCAAGUCGGUGCUCCAAGAUCACGACAAGACAAUAUUCAGACAACUAUGGUUCAUGUGAUCAUUUAGGUGCUAAGCUGAGGUACUAAGCUAAUUUGCUAAGCCAGGAGUGCCAGGAUUGUCACCUGUGAUAGACAUGGCGCAUUUUAAGUUUCCCAUAUUAAGCAUAGAAUGACUUUAGUUAGCAGAAAGUGUUCAUGUUUUAUGUGAUCAUUCAUGUACAUGAAAUAACAAACCUGUGAAAAUUUGGGCUUAAUCCGUUGUGUGGGGCAGGAGAAAGUUGUGGACAAGAUUCAGAUUUUUAUUUUGGUUCCAACAUCUGAAAUCAGCUGUUGAGUUUAUUUUAGGUUUUCAGAUAUGAUUUUCUUCAUAAUCAGUAAGCUUUCAGACUAAAACUAAACAAUGAUGUAUGGAUUCUGACCAAUUCUGUAAAAUACCUUUAAUUUAAAGGCAGUGGACACUACUGGUAAUUACUCAAAAAAAUUAUUAGCAUAAAACCGUACUAGCGAGUAA